AUGAAGAUCCAAUCGCUGACACAGAAACUGGGGAAUUCUCGCCUGAAAGAAUUAGUCGAUUGUAUUGAAGCAAUCAUUGAGGACCGUGUUACAGCACGCGGAGCAACAUCCAUUUCCCCGGUUACAUUCAAAAAGCCACUGAGCUCCACACGUAUCUCGGGGGAAUUGACGCGGGUCUAUGUGGAUGGUUGUGAUCCAGGAAUUCUUUAUGUCCAGACCCAGUCUAACAUCUUGAUAGUUUACUUCAUGCGUAUCCAUCCCAUGUACCCGUUCCUUGACCGACAAAGUUUCGAGGAGACAGCGUUCUCGACGCACCUCGCACAGACGUUGGAAACAACUCCCGCAUUCUCUGCUCUGUAUCACGCAGUACUUGCAUUGGGAUGUCAGUACCAUGAUGGUGGAUCCUUUGACCCCGGAAAGGGCAAAGCAUGGAAGUUCUUCCAAAUGUCACUAGGUCUGAUGGCCGACAUCCUCGUGCCACGAGAAUCGUUGCUUAACCUACAAGCGUUGACCGCUAUGUCCAUCUUUGCCAUGAACACCUGUUGUUUGCAGAUUGACGAAAUUCUAAUCAUGGAAGCGGCGCGGAUGGCGCAUGCCCUCCGAUAUCACCGAGCCAUCUGCAGCACCGAGCAGCAAGUGUGGUGUCUACGAACAUUUUGGGUCAUCUACGGUAUGGAAAAGCAGUUAGCAUUUCUAAACAGGGAGAACUCGUUGAUCGCAGAUUAUAACGUAGGGUGUUCAAUCCCAGAAACACCAGAGGCAAGCUUUGGGAGCUAUAACUGGUUUUUGUCCAGCAUCCGGUUUGCCAGGAUAACGUCACAAGCAUAUGAGCUUCUGUUCUCCAUUAGUGCCACUCAGAAUUCCACAGAAACAUACCACACAAUGAUUGAUUAUGUCCAGGGGCGCCUGGAGAAAUGGCGACUGACCGUGCCGGACGGGUUUCGACCGGGAGAAUCUUGUCCUCCACAGACCUUCGUCGAUCCUGUGUCUAAAACGGUCGCUCUCCAGACCCACUACUCCUACCACAGUAUGGCUAUUGCUUUGGCGCGGCUCACUUUGCAGAUCGGCUCCGACGACAGUGAGCGACAAGAACACAGCAGACGAAGUUUGAUGGCUUCUGCCCGACGGAUAAUUGAGCUGACUCAGUAUAUUGACAAGGCACCCCAUACACCACUGUUUAUCCUUGCCAUAAUGCCACUUGUAGCCCUCUUCAUCCUUUUCGACUUUGUAGUCCACAACCCCACACACUCGGAGACAAAGACCAAUUUGGCAAUGCUUGAUAUUGUUUCGGGGCACUUCGCUCUUGUCGAGCAUGCAUCAAAUGGCUCAUUACCCUGCUCAUUGGUCUCGGAGUUUGCCCAUAUAGCACGACAGCACGUCAAAGAUGUCAACGGUGGACGCGGUCCCGGAGACAUGAUGGAGGCCCCGCUUACCCCGACGCAAAGAACUUACCGUGGUCAUAUCAGGACAGGAUCAGACGCCGCGAGGGACACGCAAAUGCCAGUCGUAAUGGAAGGGAACAUUUCUGAUGAUCAUCGACCUAAUGUUGAACUCAGCGGGGAGCUCGAACCGUACAAGCACACAGAGAGCGCCGGUGAGCCAGCAGACCUUCUAUACUAUCCUGCAAUGGAUGCCAGUUUCGACUUUGGUAGCGACCCUCUGUUGCCCGGUAUUGAUCUGCGGACGUUGUUCGGGUCGGUUAUCUCGACCGGCUUUGAUUCUCCUGACGAUGCCUCUACUUUUGGUGGGAUCAUGCCGACACCUCCAACAUAA